AUGGCUUUCCGUGCUGAUGGCAGUACUCGUAAGACUGAUCAUGAUCUCAGUGUCGAUGUCAUCGACAACUCAGACUAUAAUGCUCUAAAACAAUGCUUCUUCGCCAUUGAGGGCCAAGCGAAGUUGACCCCUAAAGUCAAUACCAAAGAUGGCUCCCAGCAUAUCCUCGUUAACCCCUCUCGAGUGAUCACUGCUAUCAAUUGCACCAGCAGUUGUGUUCCUACGUACGGUAAAUACUAUGAUACACAUAGGCAGCCUGUAGGACCUUACCGCAACGGUAUGUGCAUAGCCAAUCGUUAUCGACCGUAG